CACUCUGUGGUUUAUGUUCAGAAAAUGAAUUCGGAAGACAGGCAGAGACAUUUGCUGUUGUCAGGUUGAUAGGCUAUUGCAAGCCUUUUGGCAUAACCUAGAUUAGUUGAAAGGAGGACUUUCUAGUUUAUGCGUAGUAGACAGCUGUCAUAACACCUCAACCUGCUUUAGAUUCCCACUCGAACCAUGUCUGUAAUCUCCAAAGAAAGAGUAACAACUCUGUUUUAGAAAAGGUUACUCUGUCAACAGUGUUGUAAAAACUGGAAAACUAUGUCGUGGUUGCGCACUGGUUUUAUUGGCUUUGGAACAUAACAGCUUGUAGGCACCUCUGAUAUGCUUAAUGCGUCAGUGGUGGAGAAAGGUGCUGUGGCUCCUUUAACCUUGCUGAAGGACGCAGCUGUAUUUAUUGACGUAUGCAAAUUAAUGUAGGGCGGUCCCAAAAAAGCAGGAACAAGAAUCGGUUUCACAUUGCAGUCUGGAGUUCCGGUGAAAGGGAAAAGAGACGUGGCGAAAAUUGGUGAAUAUCGGCGUCCUCCAAGUUUGCCCUCUGUGUACAUCUUUGGAGAAAGCUGGCGUCGGAUAGAGUAAAGCCUCUGAAACUGUCCUUGAGGAAAGAUACUGUUGGCUAAAUGCCCUCACACCAGCAAUUUUUUGCUAAAUGGGUGAUUACGCUUUCGCCCUGCAGUCUGCUUUCCCCAGCUACAUCAGAAAUAAUAACAUCCCGGCGUUUCCUCCGACCAAGUACCAAAGCAGUACGACGAGUGUGGUUUAUGAUAUCCUCAAUAAUAAUUCGCCUCUAUUUUUCCCCGUUGCAGCUCAGCAAACCAUGCAGGAUGAUUUACUGAUGGACAAAAGCAAAGCUCAACCUCACCAGAAAGACCCAGCAAACGUAGACCCUCCUUCCACCCCGACCCCCUCAUCGGAAACCCCAACACUGGAGGAGAGUCCGUCGAGUGUGACUAACCAAGCACCCUGCGCUCAAAACAACAAAGAGAAAGUACCGAUGGAGUCGCCAAUUCUGCCGGGGUUGAGCUUUCAUCAGCCGCAGGAGACUGGUGGCACCUCCUUGUCUCCAUCCUUUGGUAGCACUUGGUCUACUGGAACAACGAACACCGUGGACGAUAGCUUUUUUCAAGGAAUACCGUCAGUUAAUGGGACGAUGCUUUUUCAAAAUUUCCCACACCAUGUCAAUCCAGUUUUUGGGGGAAAUUUUUCACCCCAGAUUGGUUUGGCACAGUCACCCCAUCACCAACAGCAAGCACAGCAACAGCAGCCACAGCAGAGGAGGUCUCCUGUUAGUCCCAGCCAAGCCUCUUUCCCCCAGAGAAACGCGUACAGUCACCAGGCCGUUAUGAACAGCAAGGCUUCGUCGUCCUCUGGGUCUUCGUCGGCAUGGAAUAACCACCAGAACGCGCCGUGGAGCACGGGCUCCAAUCCCUGGAGCGGGCUCCAGGCAGGCAGGGACCCACGGAGAGCGGUGGGAGUCGGGGUGGGGGUCGGUGUCGGGGUACCGUCUCCCCUCAAUCCUAUAUCCCCGAUGAAGAAGCCCUAUCCAAGCAACGUCAUUGCGCCUCCAAAAUUUCCUAGACCUGGUCAUCUGACCCCAAAGUCUUGGAUGGAAGACAACGCCUUUCGGACAGACAACGGCAACAAUAUGCUACCUUUUCAGGACCGGAAUCGGCCCUUUGACCCAUUUAACUUGCAAACUUUGGAGAACUCCUUAAUGGAUAUGAUAAGGACUGACCACGACAAAGGUAAACCACACCCAGCUGCUGGCCCACCAAUGAGUAUCGCUGAUAUUAUAUGGAGGAAUCAUUUUGCAGGGCGCAUGGGUUUGAAUUUCCCCCACCCAGCAGCGGAUCACAUCAUGCCCUUGAACACCAGGAGCUAUGGCCGCAGAAGAGGCCGUUCUUCACUGUUUCCGUUUGAGGAUGCCUUCCUUGACGACGGCCAUGGCGACCAGUCCCUGACGCCAGGCCUCAGCUCCCCCACGCGCUGCCAGAACGGUGAGAGGAUGGAGCGCUACUCCAGGAAGGUGUUCGUCGGAGGCCUGCCGCCUGACAUCGACGAAGAUGAGAUUACCAACAGUUUCCGUCGCUAUGGACACCUGGUGGUGGACUGGCCCCACAAAGCCGAGAGCAAGUCCUACUUCCCACCCAAAGGCUAUGCCUUCCUGCUCUUCCAGGAGGAGUCUUCAGUCCAGGCCCUCAUUGAUGCCUGCAUCGAGGAGGACCAGAAGCUCUAUCUGUGUGUCUCCAGCCCCACCAUCAAAGACAAACCGGUCCAAAUCCGGCCUUGGAACCUGAGUGACAGCGACUAUGUGAUGGACGGGUCACAACCACUGGACCCCAGGAAAACCAUCUUUGUAGGCGGGGUCCCACGACCUCUUCGUGCAGUGGAGUUGGCCAUGAUCAUGGACAGGCUGUAUGGAGGCGUGUGCUACGCUGGCAUUGACACUGACCCCGAGCUCAAGUACCCCAAGGGGGCGGGACGCGUGGCCUUCUCCAAUCAGCAGAGCUACAUCGCAGCCAUCAGCGCCCGAUUCGUCCAGCUGCAGCACAACGACAUUGACAAGCGGGUGGAGGUGAAGCCCUACGUCCUGGACGACCAGAUGUGUGACGAGUGCCAGGGGGCACGCUGUGGGGGCAAGUUUGCGCCCUUCUUCUGCGCUAACGUGACGUGCCUGCAGUACUACUGCGAGUACUGCUGGGCCAGCAUCCACUCGCGCGCCGGCCGGGAGUUCCACAAGCCCCUGGUGAAGGAGGGCGGCGACCGGCCUCGCCACGUCUCCUUCCGCUGGAGCUGAUGGGCAGGGGGGGGGGUCACUAGAGACACACCUGCCCCCCCACCACCCACAACCCGACCUGACCUGAUCUGACCUGACCGAACCCAACCCAGCCCAGCCCAUCCCAUGCCAUCCCCCUCCACUCUUCACCCGCAGCCCCAGCUAUAGAUGCAUCAUGGUCACCAUCACCUCAUCCCACCUCCUCCCCUCACCCCCCCCCUCUCCCUUACUGGGUGUCCAGUCAAUGGACAUCCCCAUCCUCCCCACUCUGAUCCCCACCCGACCCCCAUCAGGCUCCUCUUCCAUUGUCACCUUAUCCUCCGUGACCAACAGACAGACAGACAGACAGACCGACCGACCGACCUAUUCCACGACCACCAAAUCAACAACCGCGAAUACAUGGGCCUUUUAAAAGUCCUUACUUUUUAUUUUUUGUUUUGAAUUAUUUUAAAAGAAGAAAAAUACAUUUUUCAGUGCUCUUAAGAAAACAAAACAGUGUUUGGUUUGUAAUAGAUAGUAAAAAACCAUAUACAUAAAAAAAUUAAGAACUAAGUAGAAGACGAGAAAAAGAAAGAAACAAUCAAUCAAUAGUGACAGUUUAGGCUCUCGGAAUUGCGCUUUUGCACGUCUCAAACACACCACAUCCUCGUACCACAGUUGUCCAUAACUGGAUCACCUAUACACCUACUCCAUGAGCUAGUCCUGUCCCCUCCUCCCUUCUGCUGGGGUGGGCUUCGGGUUUCCAUAACAUGCGUGACGUAUAAAACAUCUAUAAAUAUUUAUAAAUCUUAUAUUUUUGUUUUUUUAUAUUAUAUUAUAUAUCUAUCUGUUUAUGUAGAGAUUCAUUUUUGUGUGAAAAAGAGCAUGCACUUAUUUUUCAAAAAAAUAAAUAAAUGGUAGAAGAUGGCCCCAAUAUAUAUAUAUAUAAAGAAAGUUACCAAAGGUAAAGAAAAGGCCAAACUAAUUUGUAAUAUAACAAAUAACUUGGCUAGGUGGCAGAAAUGUAGCAAUAUUGACCACUAUCUAUCCUGGCAUGUGGUUGAGAGCACCCAAAUUAGAUGACAAACUUGGACCUUCUUCCUCUUUUUUUAUUUUUUUUAUUUUAUUACCUCACAAAGGCAAUCAAACUCUUGUUUUAAAUUCAUUGAGCGUUAUUUUAGCAAGAUUUUUUUUUUACUGUUAUGUUGUAAUGCUGCAAUAGCUCUUGCUGCUAAACCCAUGAUGUGAGGCAAAACGACAUUAGUGCUUCAUACAGAUGAAGUGUGGUGAAUAUAGUCCCAGCAGACACAGCGGGAGAGUAUAUCCCAAGAACCUGGCUCAGUAGUAAACCAGGUGAAUUGAACCUUAAGGUAGUGGUAAAUCACCUAAUAGAAGAGCCUGGAGUCAUGCUUUUCUAAAAAAAAAAAAAAAAAGACCACUGUGGGCUAUCUAUUAGCAUGUUUACCACUUCCUGUGGGUUAAACUAAGCCUGGUUUAUCACUUAACCAUGUUCUUGGAAUACCUCGCCUGAUCUGUUUUCACUUUUAUUUUGUUUCAAGGUAUUCUGUAAAGAGAGGUUGGCAUGAGACGGAAUGGGGGUUGGGAUGUGGUCCACUCCCCCUCUUAACUAAUCACGUUUGGCUCGGGCCCAGGGUUAGGGGCGUACUGCACCGUCGCCCCUGACUGCAUGCGUAUUUCAGAUCAGGUGGGAUGCAUGCAAUAUAUAGUUUCCAGGAUCAUGUCUACUACUAGAAGUCAAACUCUGCCCAGUUGGUUUUGCACAACUCAAGAUGCAGUGAUGGGACAACUUCUGUUCCUUUUGUUUUGUUCGGAGCACGGAACUGUACACAGUGGGAUGGACUAAUUUCAAAAGGCUUAAAAUCAUGACAAUUAUGGAGAAAUGAACCCCCCCCCACGGAAAUACUUUUUUUUUGUAUUGGCUUGCUGCCUUGCUAGGUGAGGAGCAUGAUGAUCCCAGUGGUAUCAAUAAGCUCAGUUGCGAUGUUAUGGAAAAAAAGAAAAGAAAAAGAAAGUAGAUGUAGGAUAUUCUUUUUCAAAACAACUGUCAAUGAUACAGUAGGUGAAGUACUUUUUUGCAGUGAUUGUUAAUCUAAUUGUGCAAUUUUUUUAUACAGUAGGUAGUUAGGACUGAGUAUGCCUAGAACUGUGACUCGCUUUAACUGUCUUUUUUGAUGUCCGACAUAGAAGUCCUGUGAAACUUCAUAACCCGUGUAUGUAGACAUACUGUAUGUCCAAGCUUAUGCACGUACACACUCGCGCAUAUACACAAACACACAGGCACACACUCAGUACACAUGCACACAUGCACACACGCAUACACCAACACGUUUCUCUUGAUAGUUCUCCCUUACUCACCCCUAGAGAACUGUACUCACACUCUUGCGUGUACUUACACAUUUUUUCCAGUACUUUUAUACUCGUCGUAAACAUGGAUACACACACACACACAUGCAUAGGCACACACACAGUUUAGGGGGUGAGUUUGACUGGACACUACAGCUUCUCGGUCCCCUCCACUGAUAGAGGAAAUUAUCCCCUUAAAAAAAAAGUCAAAGAAGAAAAAAAAGUUACAACAACCAAAGAGCUCACUCGUUGAACAUUGAAACCACCAACACACUACCAAGAGAGGCUGAUACUAACAACACCAAUACGAAGUUAGGCCAUUGGCCAUACUGGCCUAUCAAACCAAUGCAAAUAGAUACAUUUGUUAGGGGGUAAAAGUCGAUUUGGUAGACACACACACAAAAAACGAACACUGACUCUGUAGAAAACCAGAAAAAGUGUGGUUGUGUGGAGGUAGAGAUUGGUGGUUAGAUUUGUGAGCUCUCAGCCUGCACAUAAUGUUCCAACGUCGUGGCAACAAGGGCCGUACCACAGCAUUGCCAAGACAUUAUGGGCUUUUAUAUCCAGAUUCUUUCCUGCAAAGCUUGAAGUAUAGAAUAACGACCUGCUAAAAUUGAGUUUGUUUUUUCUUAAAUUCUACCUACCCCCCUCCCUAAAUGUUCACUAUAGAAACUGAAAUGGGGUUGGUAAAUGCGAAGGUUGACCUUACUGGCUUGUUAUUGUUAACAGUAGCAAAGAGGCCCAGUUUGGAUCACUGACAAACUGAUUUGGCUGGGCUGCAUGAACAGUAGGCUACAGUUUGGGGAUAGAGUGUUUUUUUAUUAUUAUUAUUUAUCAUUUUAUAGUUUUAUUUUUUAUAAAAGCUACUCUGAGGACAAUUCCGCUGUGUGGCUGUCCCCAAAACUGAUUAAGUUGUGUGUGUGUGUGUGUGUGUGUGUGCUUCGCUCCCCUCUCAACAUAGAGAGUAAUGUCCUGGCAAACUGCUUAGCACCCGCAGUCUCUCAGUCAGGUGUAGGGUGAGCGAGUGUUGAUGCUCAUUUUGACUCCACAAAGCUCUUCGCUUGUGAAGAGACAAAAAACUUAAAAGAGGCUAACCUUGAGUUAAUAGUUAUCCCUAUAAACGUGAAUUCUGGGUGCUGUUGUGAUUUUGCUUUCUGCACCCAGAUGGUUUUCUAUGUUGGUUCCCUAGGAAACACCUAUGUUAUGCACUACUCCUUUAUCUUGACCGUUUUGGACAGUCAGUUAUACUUUUUUUAUUUUAUUUUUUUUAUUUUUUUUAUUUUGUGAACGGGCGAGAGAGAAAGAAUAAAAGAGAUGUGUGCUUUCUGACUGACAUAAUCUUUUGCAAUACCUCAAUUUUGAAAUAUAAUAGGAGAGAAAUUGAUAUUUUCUAAGUAAGUUUAUUCAGAUAAAAAGGAUAUAUUAAUUUAAUUAUUCAAGAAAAAAUGAUUUAACAGAUGAUUAAUUUUAUUUUUGUCAUGCUUAUUUCUUUUAUUUUUUAAUUUUAUUUUUGGAGAAAAUGAAAAAAAAAAUUACUGAAGGAGUUAGAGCUUUAUAACUUUAAUAUAAUGACGUAGUUAGCUGAAGUACAGAGUCUACCUUAUUGACAAGCUACAGGAGAAUUGGUUCUCCUCACUGGAGUCCCCACCGGUACCACCGGUGGUGGUUUGGGUAGAGACACGGUCCCCACCAAUGGAAGCUGAGAACAGGAGAGACUAGUUGUCCAUUGGUCGUAGAGGACAGGCAACUGAAGAGAUAUUCCUUUAUUUUGUAUAUUUCUAAUCAAUCAUUACUACUCUGACCAGAAUUGUGAAAGAAAUCUUCUGCUCUCCUUAUUUUUUUUUUACAUUUUUUUUUCUGUUUUGUGUGUUUUUUUCCCUUAAAAGUCUAUAUGCUCCCUUUAUUUUAUUUUAACUUUUUUCUGUUUGUUUUGUAAAAAAAAAAAAGAAAAGAAAAAGGUAACAUAAACCCUGAUUUAGUAAAAUACCUGAAAUCACUAAAUGGAGACAGACAUUUUCGAGAGGGUCUUUGAUGAAAGAUGGAGGGAGUGAGAAAAGAAUGUUAUUUUCUAAAAACUACAAAAGAUACAUAAGUGUUUGAAACUGUAACUUGAUGGAGAGCCCCCAGUAAGGUGCAUCAGAGGAGUGGUGGCCUUCCCUUCACGUGAGACUUGAAUUAGAUCCAUUUUUUUAAAGGCUAGGAACCUUCUUUGUUGUAAUGUGCAAUACUGUUUGUACUGUUUGUAAAAAAGAAGAUAAAAAAAGACAAGAAAAAGAGGCGUAAAAAUCUAUUGCAAAUUUAUUUUCAUUGCAAGCAUUGUGAUUCACUAAAAUCAUUUUCUACUGUGUAUUUACCUACUCUACAUGCUAGUACCUUCCAGUAGUAAUGUAGCCUUUGUACUGAGAAAUUUUUUCAUUAUUUUUAGAGAUUUUUGCAAAAAAGAAAAUAAUUAAAACAUAUUUACAUAUUUUUCAUUUUUAUUUCGUAUUUUCUUUACAGACUUAUUUCUCAACCAUUAAUAUAGCUAUUUCUGGGGGAGACUUUCAUAUCUGGUCAAUGUCAUUAAUAUUAUUUUGUAUUUUUACUUGGAAUAAAUUAAUUUUAUGAUAGUUCUUAAAA